AUGAAUUUAUAGAAUAAGUCUGCUUAAAUAAAUAAUGUUAAGCUAAUAGAGUUUAUUGUCAUUAAUUUCUUUAGGACGGAGAUCACGAUGCUCAUCCAAUAGAUUAAAAGAAUUUGCUUGAAUUAAUUGAUUUGUUUGAAAAUACUGACCAAUAAAGUGAGAAGCUAAUCUCGGUUUUAUGAUAGAAGAGAUUAAGGAAUUAAUUUAUUAGUUAAACUAAGAGCUAAGAACAAAAUAUCAUUAUUCUAAGAAAGGUUGUAAUAAUUAAAUACAAAAUAAUUUAAUUAAGCAUUGGAUUGGAUAAUUCAAUAUGAUGAUAUUAAAAUCAAUUUAAUGAAUCAGCUAGAAGUAGAUUCACAUAAAUUGAUCAAGUAAAUUAAAAUAUAAAUUAAUCAAUUGAAACUAGAUCAAUAAAAAAAGUAAAACAAUCGCAUUAAAAAGGUAUACAAAUCAUUAAUUUAGCAUACAAAUUAUAUGAUGAUGAGGAUGAAUAUGAAGAGGCAAUCAAUGUCUUAGAUGCUGCAUUACUAAUUGAUCAAAAUCAUUUUGAUUCAUUAUAUUUAAAAGGUAGUAAAAUUAUAAGUACAUGCGUUAUCUCGAUGUUUAAUGAAAUUAUUAUGAUAAUAAUUAAAUAUAUAUUGUGUGAAUAAUAACAAAGAUGCUAUUAUAUACGCUGAUAAAGAUUUGUUGAUUGAUUCGCAUGAUUUCGAUUCAUUAACUAUAAAAGGUAUUAAAGCUGUGCUUAAACGCUUUAGCUAAGUGUUUAAAAUGGCUACAUAAUUACAAAGAUGCAAUUAUAUGGACUGAUAAGGCUUUAUCAAUUGAUUCAAAGCAUGACUAUUAAUUACAAACGAAAUGUCAUUCAAAAUUUCUAAAAUAGGUGAUCAUUACAGGGAUAAAGUGAAUAUGAAGAAGCACUUAAAUUUAUUAACUAAGCAUUGAGUUGUGAUCCAACUAGACAUUAUUCUUUAUACUUAAAAGGUUCAUUAUAUUUCUAUUUCUCUAGGAGAAUGCUUACAAUUUUCAUAACAGUAUGAAGAAGCAAUUAUUUAUUAUGAUAAGGUACUUGAAAUUGAACAAAUAUUCCAUUUAUCUUAAAUUUACAGAUUUUAGCAAUAUUUUGCCACCAUUUCAAAUAUAAAGUAACAAAUUGUAAUUAGAAACAAGAAUAAAACAUGA